AUGAAGGGUAAUUCUAAAAAUGAAAAUGAGCUUCUUAUGAGGUUAUCAAAGACUCUAACUAGUGUGAGUCCUGCAAGUCGUAAAAAGGGUUUAGAUAUUAUAACUAGAUAUAUAUCAAAACACAAUAAUUCAAUGACACGUUUACAAAUGCUGAAAAUAUGGAAGGGACUUUAUUACAGUAUGUGGCUUUCAGAUAAAGUUUUGAUUCAAAGAGAAAUUGCAGUUAAUAUUUCACAAUUACAGAGAAUGUUUGAGGUAAAAGAGUGUUUUUUCUUAUUUAUUGAAGAGUUCUAUUUAAUGAUGAGAUUUAGAUGGGAUGGUAUGGAUCAUUAUAGAAUGGAUAAAUUUACGUUUUUACAAAGAACAAUGCUUGCUGAAUCACUCGAUAUACUCAGUAAAAAAAACUUUGACCCUGAAUUUACAAAAGGUCUAUUUAAUAUCUAUCGUAGCUGUUUGUUUGAUGAUAAUAUAGGAAAUGAGAAAUUGAUAGGUAAAAAAAGAAAGUUUUUUAUGAUUGAUGACAAAGUAAAUGAUGCAAAUGAAGUUAAUUCAACAAAUGAAUCAUACACAGGCAGGUCUACGGGCAUUGGGAUAUCUUUGAUUUUUUGUAAACAAUUCCCACAAGAGCUUGUUUAUUUAUUAUAUGAACAAUAUAAACUUAUAAAUAAGAAUUCAUCCAACUCGAAUUUAUUUAAUAAAUCUAUUUCUUCGUUUUUAAAUGAAUAUGCUGAGUUCAUUACUAAUAUUAUCAAAUCAUGCACCGUUAACUCAACUUUGUCAGAAAAUAUUUAUAGUCAGUUGAUUCUGAAAUUAUUUGAUUUUGAUCUACUUUUUGAUCAAGUCAUAUGCGAUAUUGAGAAUUUAAACAUUGAUCAGGAAGAAAGGAAUUUAAUUUCCUGUUUUUUAUCGGAUAAUAUGGUUAAUCUUAUGUCAAUAUUACAGUCUAAUCUUUCUGUUCUUUCCAAAUCUAAUGACAGCUCAAUUACUCAAAGUAAAAGAAAUAAUAUAUACUCAACUUUGGAAAAGAUAGGUACUUUUUUAAAGAAUAAUACAAUAUCUUCAAACAAACUACCAAAGGUUUCGAAAAACAAAAAGAAAAUUUUAUCAAAGAAACUGGAGAAUGUCAAUUAUGAAGGCAAUUAUGAAGAAGAUAAAGAGAAGAGAGUAAGAUUUGACAUGUCAAAAAAUGUUCGUAUGCUCCUUCCUGAUUCUAUAUCUACAUCGAGAGCUCUUGUGAAGAUUUUUGAUAAGAAAAAUGAUGUGAAGGGAAAUAAUGAACUAAAUUGUAUUUUAUUUAGGUCUUCACCAGAUUCUGACCUUCAAAAUACUGAUCAAACUACACCUUCUGAAACUGACUCUUAUAACCUAGGAUCUCUCAAAAACAUCGAGAUAAUCUCUGCUGAAAAGGCAUUAUCAAAGCCUUCUGAGUCAAGUAGUUCCCCUUCGAAAAGCAUUUUAAAAAGAAGGGGAGUUAGUACUUGA